UGAAGUGUUCUAUGAUCUGAAUUGAAUGAAUGGACUUUGCAAUUUUGCAUGGAAUUUUUUUAUUUAUUUUUACUAAUGGAAUCGACUAUACUAUUAAGUUUUAGAAAGUGACGCUAGUAAAUAAAUAAACUUGAUGUUAUUGUGAUUUCAAUUUAUGUUUUCAUAUAAGAUUUUAAAAACAUGUCGGCACCGUCAACAGCGAAAGAGUCUUUCGAUGAUUUCUAUUCAGAGGUUAAAGAGAUCGAGAAGCGUGACUCUGUUUUGACUCCCAAACAACAAAUCGAUAGACUUCUGCGGCCAGGUUCUACAUACUUCAACCUCAACCCAUUCGAAGUUCUACAAGUGGAACCAGAUUCAUCACUUGAUGAAAUUAAAAAGAAGUAUAGACGAUUGUCUAUUCUUGUUCAUCCAGACAAAAAUAUAGAUGACUCGGAGAGAGCUCAACAGGCCUUUGAAAUAGUUAAUAGGUCAUGGAAAACUUUGGAAAAUGAUGAUACAAGGAAAAAAUGUUUGGAUAUUUAUCAAGAAGCUAAAGAAAGGACUGAUCAUAUGAUUGAACAAAAGCGAAAAAAGUUGAAAAAAGAAAGUCGGUUGGCAGAAGGGAUUCCAGAGGAUGACCCAGCUAAAUACAAACAUGCAAUUUAUGUUAUGACUAUGAAGUUGUUUGCUGACAUGGAAAGAAAACGACAGCACUUAGAAACAAGGGACAUGGAGGAGAGAAAGAGAAAACGUGAAGCAGAAAUAGAACAAGAAGAACAAAUGUCUCUGGAGAAGGAAUGGGCUAAGAACUUUGAGGAGUCUCGACAAAACCGCGUGGACAGCUGGAAAACGUUCCAGUCCGGUGGCAGUAAAGAGAAGAAAAAGAAGAAGAUAAUGGGCUUCAAACCACCAAAACCCAAGCCUGAGAGCAGAUAACUCGUGUUCAACAAUAAUUAUUAGUAUAGGUACUAUAGAUAAGAAGUUUCAAAUCUAUGUUAACUACAUUUCAAUCUGAUAUUAGAAAUAGGCUUCAGUCAUCAAUAUGUAGGUUUAUCUAUAUUGAUAGAGAGCCAAACAAUUGUUUUAUUUGUUAACGCUUUUCACUAUAAAACUAAUGAUUCAUGAUACAAUGGAAGGAAAGAGAAGAGAAGGGAGUCUAUUAUUUGUGAAUUAUAAUAUAAGCGCAUGGCACGAAUGAAGGUUAUGCUUGACUUUUUAUAUUUAAACAGUACAAACAUUGCAUUAUAUUUAAAUUUAAUAACUACCGGCUUAAAUUGCGUAUAAUUAAAUCGAAAAAGCUCGACUAGUUUUAACGGGUAGUUAUUAACAUAUAAAGUGUGUUUAUGAAACUUUUAACAAUAAAAUAUUGCAUUCCCUCGCAUUAAAAUAUUAUUUUAUUUUUUAUAAUCUCACCAACUUCUGACGCCGCUCUAAUUAAUGUAGAGCAUUAAUCAGCUCGUGAUCAUAAUUGGUUUAACUUGGUCAAUAUGAAGUAAUAACCCUAGGUUACUUACCUACUAGAUUUAAAAUGCAACUCCAAAGUAUGUGGUUGGUUUGUUUAUUUACCUUGUUUUUGAGAACAUUUAGCAUUGAGAAUUUUGAUAUGUUGUAAUUGAGUGAAAAUUGUUUGCGUAAAUAUUGUAUAGUUUGCCACGUGACAAAAUGGCUUAGUGCCAUUUAUCAUGCUAGUGUUGAAAGUAGUUAUCACAGAUUUGAUUAAAAUUAUUCUCAUUUUUUUUUUUUAAUAUUUAGUCUGUACCUUAUAUACUAUCGAACAGUGCGUUGGAUAGUUUAGGUUUAUUGCAUUGUUCAAUCUUAGCAAGGGCAAGAUAAUGUAUAAUAUUUGCAUUCAGAAUUACUAUAAGUAAUUCUGUACAUAGAAAUUUGAUUAGUGUGUAACAAACAAUAAUAUUUAAACUUAGUUUUCGCUUUCGCUUUUAAUUAUCACCAACGUCAUUGUAACGACUCAAUAACGUCCCGUUACGGGGCAUUAUUGGGUACAUAACAUAACUUGUUGUAUCAUUUCAUUUCAUUUCAUUCAUAUCAGUUAUCCUUUUUUGAUAUUUCUUUGAAAAAUGUUCGAUAAUGCUGAUGCCAAUGAUUCGAUUUCACACUGUACAGAUAGGUAGCAUGUUCAAAUGAAAUAUGUUAACUGACUAUUUUACUGUAUAUAUAUGUUCAGCUGCCAAGUUUUUAUGCUAAAUUACUCCCAUAAAAGGAUGCUGAUGAUUUUCAUUUCACGUUAUAGAAAUGUCUAAAAACUUGUACAACUUUAUUCGAUACCUUACAAGUUGACAGCACACUCACAUCAAACUCUAUGAUUGAUUAAAAAUGGAUUUGUCCAAGUUAAUACAAUGUGGUUCAAUAUUAUACGAUUAAUUAGUUAUUAAAGUAUACAAUUAUGUAACACUUAGUAUAUUAUUUGCAUUACAUUUCUUCGAAUAGUAGAUAAUAAAAAUAUGAAUCGCAAGAAUAUAACUACCAAUCACUUGUUGUAAAAGAACAAUUUAUUAUUGCAUUCACGCUUAUUGAUUGCUGUCUCUUCGAUUCGAAAAUUGUAUUUAUCUUUUUCUAAAAAAAAGAACAUAUAUUAAAAGAAAUUUAUAGUGUGAAAAUGGCUGAGAAUAAAGUAAGUUUCAUAUAUCUAA